CUAGACCGCCACCCGCGGGCAGGAGAAAGGGAAGGCGGCGUGCCGGGCGGGUCAGAGUGUCUGCCAGUCCUGCCUCAGCCUGUACGCGGCCGGUUCCCGCGGCGUGUGCGUGGUGCGGACUCUGAGUCAGCAGUGAUUGGAGCUGUACAGCUUGUGCCAUGGACUCUCAGGUUAGCAAUGGCUCAGGCCUGAAGGCUGAUCACAUCACAGACCUGCUGGUGUUUGGCUUUCUCCAAAACUCUAAGUAUAAUUUCGGUCAAGAACUGGAGGCACUAAGUCAGGAACUGCCCGUGCAAGUUUACCUGGAUGCAGACUUUGAGGAUGAGCUGCAGACUGAUGGCAGCCGAGCCAGCCGCUCCUUCUACCACGGAAGAAUACAGCCAGAUUCUGAAAGUCAGGAGGCAGUCAUCCAGAACAUUGCCCGACAUCUUGCCCAAGUAGGCGAUGAGAUGGACCACAGAAUCCAGCCCACACUGGUGAGACGGCUGGCAGCGCAGUUCAGGAACGCCAGCCUGUCAGAGGAGGACAGACGCAACUGCCUGGCCAAAGCCCUGGAUGAGAUGAAGACGGCUUUCCCUAGAGACAUGGAGAAUGAAAAGGCCAUGCUGAUAAUGACCUUGCUAUUGGCCAGAAAUGUGGCCAAUCAUGCACCAUCCUUACUCCAUGAUAUCUUCCGCACUACAGUGACCUUUAUUAACCAGAAUUUAUUCACCUAUGUGAGGAACUUGCUUAGAAAUGAGAUGGACUGAAGGCUGCCUGCAGAAGCGCAGCUGGCUGACGCCAAUAAUGGCAGACCAGUGAAGCUGACUCCAGAGGAAACACACGCUGGAGUGAAGACAGGCCCCAGAUAAUAACUGCCUCCCUAUUCUCAGGACAGUGUUUUAGGCUGGUGACUCAGUUUCUCCAUUGAGCCAGUGUGCGCAUAUCUGAAGGGCUUGUGCCAGCUCCUGCAUCCACUCCAUGUUCCUUCAUCUAAUCAGCUGUACGGGUUCCCACUUGAAAAUUAAAUUUAAAAGCAGGUUGUAAGGCAGAAAAGACUUACUUAUACUGUGGAGUUACUGUUCGUGAGAGGCUAGCCUGGGACACUGUUUUCUGUUUCAGGACAGUGCUAGCAGGGGUGCACUGGCCCCAGAGUGAGAACUCCAUCCAGUGCAGGGGACAUCUCAAUGCACAGACGGCCACAGCCUUCCUUUGUAAAAGCUGAAUGGCAAUGAGGCUUGAGUCUAUGUCUCUGUUCUCUAACCACCCCUCCCUGCCCCACCCAUAAGCAAGGGUUUAGCUGUUUCAAGGGACAGUUUUUCUAAAGAUUUCUAUCCCAGUGGGAACAAACUGAGUUGUGCACACAAACUCAGUCACUACAAUCAGGUUCGCUAGGAAACAUUUACACAAGAAACAACUGAAAUACCAGAGUCAACCGGAAUGAACAGGAGAGAUCUAAAACAGCAGUCAGUAAUCCAAUAGUAACAUCGUCACCUCCCACUGUACCUGCGGUGUAGUGGCCACCAUCUUAGUUAGAUUCACAGAGGUAAUUUCCAGUCACAUCUGAUGGACAUUCUUGGUUGUAAAGCAAAACUGCCAUUUGUUCUCACCGGGCCAUCUUUAGAAAGAUUCCAUGUAUCAAAGCCAAAUGUUCCCUCCUUUGUAUUUCAGAGAUAAGGUCUUACUGUGUGUCCUCAGACACAGGUGAUUCUCCUGCUAACUUUCCUAAUGCUGGAAUUGCAGGCAUGAGCCACCACUACCUGCUAAGUGUUCCAAUCUUCAAUUCAUUGCAGCCAUGCCGGCCUGGUGUAUCAUGGAAAUUGGUGGAUAUUUUUCUUUAGUAACAUGAUCCUUGUGUGGGUAUAAUUGUGAGAUGAUUUUAAUUCAGAGAAUAUUUUUCAUUCUGCUCUAAAAUGAUGUGAAUUGAUACGAGUGAUGGAAAUUUGUUUCUUCAAAAUAAAAGGCUUUCUUCUCUAAA